AAGACAGUGGCGACCCGCAGAGUAUGGAAAACUCUGCGGACAGGUUCUUUAAAGGUUUCUCACUCGAGGAUUACAGGCUCCAAGUUCUUGUCAACAGCCUAGAAAAGCAGAGAAAGCAAUGCCUAAAUCGAUUGAAAGAGGAGACUCACGUGUUCAAAAUGUCGGUUCGUCUGCCGGUGAGACGCGGAGAGGAAUACUGGAGUCAAUACGGAGAAAACUUCCACGCCAAUGGAGAUAAAAGAGAAAAAGCGUCAGUUACGCAUUUGAGUGCAGAGCACAAUAAGGGAGGUCCGUUUACUUUCUCUGCUUAUUUUUUUUAUAAUUUUUACGAUUUAUACGGUGCAGAGCGUUAUUCAUUCGUUGAACAGCCGGAUCACAUAAAUAUAGUGCCGACGACGACCCCGAAUAUUCACACCAAUUCGUUUCUCUUGGAGAUUCUUAAUGAUAAUGAAAUUAUAUUUAUUUUUUAUUUAUUUUGUGCACUCUUUCUAUGCUCACAAGAUCUGAACAGUAUCAACACAGCGCAUCAAGACAACACCUUCAACUCAAAACAUCGUUCAGUGGUAAUGUCAUCAGACUCACCACAACACGGAUCGGGGAAUCGAAAUGUCCAAAGAAAUUCCCUUCAACGGAUCAGAAGCAGAAGUAACAGAAAAUACGAUUCCAGCAAAAAACCCAAAGAAUCCGGUUUAACACUACUGGAAAUACUAUGCGGGGAUUUUGAACAUGGCGUGAUAUUGCUGAAGAAGAACGACAGACAAAACGACUCCAGGUUUGGUAACACAUCCAAUGAUUUGGGACAUCAGCGUGAUAAGCAGUCUAAGAAAGCUUAUAAAGAGGGACGAAGAAAGAAACCGCCUCCUUCAGAUAUCUACAAAAGCUUGAAAUCUGAAGGAAAGAACGAAAGCUUUAUUCAUGUUCGUUCUCAGACAAGCAACGAAAACAGACUUGAGGUUGCUCAAUCUGAAGUUGGCGACACUAACAGCAGCAGUAGAUCAAAAUCAGUUAGUUUUGAGGCACUUAACUCUGACGAUACGCUAAAUACGUCAUCGAUUAGUACUUGGGGGUUCAGCUCUCAGGGAAGCGUCCCAUUACGGGAUGGGUCUGCACAAAAACUUAAUUGGACUUCUAGCGAUUCUGUAAACAGUUUUGGUCUCGGCCAAGUCGAAAAGAGUCUACAGUCACCCGAGAGCCAAUCACACGAAUGGAAUUCUUCAAAGCAAACUCAUGGGAAAAUAGAAUUAUCAGCCGCAGAGAAUGUGGAGCAUUCGGUAUCCUUAAAUGAGAACGAGGAAUCAAUAAGCUCUAACCGCGCUUGUUUGACAAGUAGCUUAGAGGCGCAAGCGUGGGAACAUCAGUGCAGGUUCGUGCAUUUCAAGGAAGGUCGUAAACUGGCAAGGAAAAAGGGCAACAAGCAGGGCUCGGGUGUUGAUAUGAACAACGAGAAAGAGAAGUUAAACAGGAUUAAAAGUCCAGAUGUGAAGUUGUUUCAAGUCGAUGUCCCACAAACUUCUCAGAGAAGAAAAUCACAGGUAAACAAGCAGUUUGAAUUUUUAAUACUCUAUAGACAAGAAAGCCUCAGAAAAGAUGACCUCGUGAGUGCUUCCUUGUCUUCGCUUCAGGAAGAAAUAGACAGGGAGACGAGAGAGAAAAUGGAUCAAUUUUUUGCCAAAGUUGAGUACACCAAGAACUUCCAACCGGGCAAGCUAAGAUGGCGCUGUAGUAGUGGCAGCGAGCGGGGAGCGAGGAGAUAUGAAUGGAAGAGCUCCCUGGAGGCGGGAAAACGACCACAUGCAGUGAAGAAGCAGGGCUACCGCCGUGCUCAGCCCUGGCCAACACAAGUGUGGAGCUAGAGGGAAUGAAUUUUUUCAGUACGAUUGAACUUUAAAUGUUGUGUGUUUCGUUUGCAUUCCAUAACUUCAGCGGUAAACUUCUAUAGCUUAAGAGCUAAUUUCUCAGUUGCGUUGAGCUUAAGCGAAGUCAUGUUAGAUUUAGAGCUUUAACAUAACAAAUCCAAACAGUGAAUGGCGGUGCGGUGUGUGAACUUUAGAUGUUGCGCGAUGUUUUGCGUAACUUGAACAAUACCUAGGUUGUAUAUCGCAACUUUUAUUUGGUGAAAAAUGCACAUUAAAAGCACUACAGCCUUAACGUUUUUCCACAUUUCACCUUUUAAAAAAAUGCCCGUCAGAGAAAUGAGCCGUCUUCGUUCUCAGUUUUUGAGAAAACUUAUUGUAUCAGUGAAUGAACUUUUGCGUGUAAAGCACCUUUCAACUGAUUGUCGCUCGCUAACUGGUUAAUAAAACCUCAACCUCCAACCUAUCAGAGCAAACCUGUUGCUUUUCCAGCCAAUUAGGCAAAAACAAAAAUUUCAUAAACCGUUCGAAAGAGAAAUCACUUUAAGAACGCCU